AUGAAAUCGCCUUUUUUGCUAAUCCCGACCAUUUAAGGAACCGUGGCAGAGAAAGUGGUUCUUCAUUGCGGGUAACUGCGGACGCCCGGGGAGCGGGAGCAAGUGUUUGCCAUGACGACAGACGAGGCAGAUAGUCAGCAGAAGAAGCCCAGCCAGCAGGAGGAGCAGGGUCAGGACCCCGGGCCCUCGGAGCCUCAGGACACGCUGCCUGCAGUGCACCACAGUCCUGGUUCGCCCUCGCCCGAGGAAGAGACGCUGAAACCUCGGAUGCGCACAUCAGCUGGCCGUGGUCUCUCGCGUCUUUUCUCCUCCUUCCUGAAGAGGCGCUCGCAGUGCAACGAGGAGGAAGGGGAAAAGGGGGAGAAGGGAGGAGAGGAGCCCAAGGCUCCCAUUGCUGACCCUGAACCAGAGCUGAAGAUCGAGGGAGACGUUGCACUUGACCAGCACUCUGUCAGCAGCACUGAGGCACAGCCUGUCAAGGUAGACCACAAAGAAGAGCCUCUCUCUGAGGACGAGGGUGGAAAGUACAAAGAUAAAGACAAGGAGAAAGGAGAGGAAGGGGCCUCGGAGGAGAAAGAAAAGGAAAAAUUUGAUCCGGAAGGAGACGGUGAGAGAGAGAAAGAGGAGAAGACAUCAGAGAAAGACACCAAACCUCCAAAAGCCCCUCGUCGACCCAAAAUCAUGCAAAUCAAAGUCACACUCCUGGACGACACUCUGUACGAGUGUGAGCUGGAUAAACAUGCCAAAGGCCAGGAGCUAUUCGUUAAGGUUUGUGACCACCUCAACCUGCUAGAGAGGGACUACUAUGGUCUUGCCAUCUGGGAGACCCCCACCAUGAAGAUUUGGAUGGACCUCACCAAGGAGAUCCGUAGGCAGGUGCAAGGGACCAACUAUAAUUUCACAUUUAAUGUCAAAUUCUAUCCACCUGACCCAGCUCAGCUGUCUGAGGACAUCACAAGGUAUUACCUGUGUCUUCAGCUGCGCAAAGACAUCCUGAUAGGCCGUUUGCCCUGCUCCUUUGUCACCUUGACCCUCCUGGGCUCCUACGCCUUACAGUCAGACCUGGGUGAGUAUGACCCUGACGUGCAUGGGACAGACUAUGCAAAGGACCUGAAGCUGGCUCAGGGCCAGUCAAAGGAGCUGGAGGAGAAGAUGAUGGAGCUGCACCACACGUACAGGUCGAUGAGCCCGGCCCAGGCAGACAUGAUGUUCCUGGAGAAUGCCAAAAAGCUUUCCAUGUACGGAGUGGACCUACACCAGGCCAAGGAUCUAGAUGGUGUAGACAUCAUGCUGGGGGUGUGCUCUAGUGGCCUGAUGGUUUACAAAGACAAACUGAGGAUCAACCGGUUUCCAUGGCCCAAAGUGCUAAAGGUCUCAUAUAAGCGCAGCAGCUUUUUCAUCAAAAUAAGGCCAUCAGAGCUGGAACAAUAUGAAAGUGCAAUCGGAUUCAAACUACCCAAUUACAAAGCAUCCAAGAGGCUGUGGAAAGUGUGCGUAGAACAUCAUACCUUCUUCAGGCUGACCUCCACUGAAGUGGCCACCACUCCCAGGAAGUUCCUGGCGCUGGGCUCUAAAUUCCGCUACAGUGGGCGGACCCAGGCCCAGACUCGCCAAGCCAGCUCUCUUAUUGACAGACCAGCCCCUUUGUUUCAGCGGUCAUCCAGCAAGAGAAAUUCGAGGAGCCUUGAUGGAGCCAUGGCAUCCACUCCGGACAAAAACACGCGUCCGGUUAGCGCUCCGAUCAUGUCCCCUGUAUCACCAGGGGAGACUGCCCCAUCAUCACUUCCCCCUGCAAUGCCUCACAUGGGGCACCAUGAUGUUUCUACCCCCAAGAGUCGCUCGUCCCGCUCAGCAGAAAGGAAGGCAGAGAUGAAGUCAGAGAUCCGGCCAGCUGAGUCAAAAACCCAGAGUCCCAGGAGAGAAUCUACUCCAGAUAGCAAGGACCUGGAUAAGACCCAGACUGAGAUCAUGCGCCACCACACUAGUGUCAGUGAGCUUAAGAGGAGUUUCAUGGAGUCGGUACCGGAGCCUCGGCCCAGUGAGUGGGACAAGCGUCUUUCCACCAACUCACCUUUCCGCACUGCCAGCAUCAAUGGCCAGCUGCAGCCGGGGUCAGGGGUGAGGACUUUCAGUGUCGGAGCUUCAUGCAGGGUAGUUGGUGAUGUGUCUGAGUCUCCUGUGCUGAAGACCCAGACAAUCACCAUCUCGGACAUCACCAACUCCCUGCGUGGUACUGUGGCCAACAAGGAGGUCCCCAUCAUGCACACAGAAACCAAGACCAUCACAUAUGAGUCAGCGCAGCCUGUUGACAGCCUGGCCGAGAGGGACUCAGGAGUGCUGCUGAGUGCCCAGACCAUCACCUCAGAGACCGUGAGCACCACCACCACCACACAAAUCACCAAGACGGUGAAAGGAGGGAUCUCUGAGACUCGUAUUGAGAAGAGGAUCAUCAUUACUGGAGAUACCGAGAUUGAUCAUGACAAGGCUCUGGCUCAGGCCAUAAAGGAGGCGAAGGAGCAGCACCCCGACAUGUCCGUCACUAAAGUAGUGGUGCAUCAGGAGACAGAGAUCACGCCAGACUGAAGCAGAGUCAGGCAUGUAUUUUGAAGAUUACAGUGGACUCCAGGAUGACCCCACCCCGCCCCAACACUGCCCCCCUCACCAUACUCAACAGCACAGUGGCUGCAGUAAAAAUCUACAGGACCUAAAGUGGACAUCCAUCAUGGACGCAAUCACCGAAAAAGUCCAGCAGAGGAUGUACUUUCACUGCCAGCACAAAAAGUUCAACCUGCCUCAGGAACUGCUGAUUCAGUUCUACACUGCAAUAAUCCAGUCUGUCCUCUGCACAUCCAUCACUGUCUGUGACCAGUCUGUCCUCUGCACAUCCAUCACUGUCUGGUUUAGAUCGGCCACCAAACAGGACAGGGACAGACUACAAUGGACAGUUAGGUCUGCAGAGAAAAUCAUUGGUUCCAACUUGGCCUCCAUUCAGGACUUACACACCUCCAGACUCAGGAAAUGAGCAGGCAACAUCCCUGCAGACCCAUCACACCCUGGUCACAACCUGUUCCAACUCCUGCCCUCUGGUCGGCGCUACAGAGCACUGUACCCCAAAACAAUCAGAUAUAAAACCAGU